AUGCUUAAGCUUUCUAAAAAUACUCCCCACAAGUUGCACUGGCAACCACCAAGGGAAUCAGGCCAAUUGACUGAGGAACCAAACAUAGCCUUAGAAGUUUAUUUGCUCGAUAAUACUUCCCAUUUAGCUGUAAAAAAUGUCAAUUUGUCAGUCCAGAACCAAACAGAUCCUUCCAAGAUCACAGUCUUUCUCUACAAAUCAUGUGCUGUGGUUAUUAUCCAUCAUAUUCCUGCUGUAUUUGAUUUUCAUUUUCUCUUUUAUCUAUAUCUGCAACAGAAGUCUACCUUAGCAUGCGUUCCUUGCUGGCCUGUGGACAAGGUCUCCAAUCAUUGGAAGAGGCUAAGUUUUGAUGACACUUGGGUUCAAUACUUUAUCAACAUCGAGGCAUUCUUCCGCCAGGCUAUCAAUGACCUCUUUCUAAGAAAACAAAUCGACAACCCACUUCAAGCUAACAAUGCCGAUAUAGAAGCUGAGUGGGGUCUCAGUAAAGCUUGUGAAGAAAAAUUGAUUGCCUUUGAGUUUGAAAACCAGACGCGUGUUGAUAAAUACUUCGCCUUUGAUCAACAAAUUUCUUCUUACAGAAUCCAAAUAUCUGAUCUCCAGAAGAAAAUAGUCGGCGUCAAACGUAAAAAGACCCUGUUGGAUUCAGCUGAAGCGCUUCCAAGCCAGAGCGAGAUUGACGAUGAGAUUCAGAAAGGCAUUGCUCAUGGCGAAAAGGCUUUAAAUAUUAACGACAGGAUUAGUGAGCUGAUGACGAAGAAAACACGUCUCAAUAAUAAGAUCGUCUUUGAAAAAGCUCGAUUUGAAGAUUUUAAGUCUCAAUUUCCUUCCUAA